GAGAGAGAGAAUGUACAAGACGAGGCUGCAGGAACUUAGCCACGAGAAGCAGUGGAGUUUUCCAAAGUACUCGACCGUGAAAGACGGACCCGACCACGACCCUCGCUUCAAGGCUGCCGUCUCCGUCAACGGCCAGUCCUUUCACUCUUCCUUUCCCUUCAGGUCCUCCAAACUAGCCCAAAACGACGCCGCCAAACUCGCUUUCCUCCGCUUCACUUCCGAAGCUACUGCUGGAGGGCCAACGAUUGAGGAUCCUGAGAUUCAAUCAGAUGCUUCAUGUUUGGUUAAAUAUCCAUGCUCAUCAUCAUGCAUUUGUGAAGCAAAGCAAAUGUCUAACAGUGGAUUCAUUGUCAUAGAUUCGCAAACCCUUUACAAGAGACAGAUGCAGAACAAUUCUGGAUGGAAAAAUCUUGACCCACCAUUAUAUACUAGCAAAAGUGAUGGCGCAAUAUCUCAUGCCAUGCCCUUCAAGGAUACUGUCGCCGUUGGUGGGCAUGCCUUAGGGGAGGCAGAGCAUGCUGCUGCAAAGGCUGCUUUAGUUUCAUUGUCACUUGAUGAGCUUCAUAUGGAUGACUCUGGGAUGUACAAGAAUCUGUUGCAGGAGUCAGCUCAGCGUGAAGGCUUGAGCAUACCAAUAUAUAAGACUAUAAAAAUAGGUCCAUGUCACAUGCCAACGUUCUUUUCAACGGUGGAAGUUAAAGGAGAGAUAUUUCGAGGGAAAGGAGGGAAGUCCAAGAAACAUGCAGAGUUGAAUGCUGCAAAGGUUGCUUACUCGUUUCUUAAACAGGGUGGAUUGAGUGGGAGUGCAGCCGAGGUUACUUCUCCAAAUCUUGUGGGUAGUGAACCUCUCUUAACCAAAACCUCAACAUUGACUGUGGCCACGGAGUUACAGCACAACCUUGAACAUGAUCAGUGCGAGCUGCUUCCAUCUCCGAUCAUUAAGUACGAGGAACCUGCCAAAGAAAGUACAGUGGAUGAAGUUCAAGAAGUGGGUUCGAGGGAAACAUUAUUGGGCUUUGCCGAAGUAGACACUGAGGACUGUAGCUCAGCUCCUGCAGUGCUACAAAAGGAGGAGGACAUUGAGAAUAAUGAGAAAUCCUUUUCUAGUCCCAAGCAUGAGGAAUUAAUGCCUUCUCCUGCAUUGACACAUGCCAAACUUUCUGCUCUCCCCAGUUCAGACCCAAAAAUAGGAACAGGGAGUCAUUUGCUAUGCAACAGGGUAAGGGUGUAUUCAAGCUUCCCGGAUAUUGCAUUCCCCAAGGGCAUUACAGUGCUGCCAAUCAGUGAAAACAAAUGGGUGGCUGUAAGCUUAGAGUACCCAAAUGAAGAAGGUAAAUGA